UCAUAUUGAUUCUCAACACUACCAAAGAUGCAGCUCAACAUUGGAUUCUGCUUCCUGUUGCUGGCAGCUCUGCUGACUGCGCAGGCAAAACCUACAUUCGAUAAAAUGGCUGAAGUGCUGCUUGAUGUACUGGAUGAUAGGCCGCAUUAUGUCAGACCGAGGCCAUAUGGACCAGUUCCAUCGUCUGGCCCACUCAUACAGGAGGGCUAUGAUCAUGGCUACGACUAUUACUAUGGCGGCGGUGGAGCUUAUGUUCACGGCAGUGGCGUUAAUGUGGGCAAUCACAAUGCCCAGCCUCCUCCUGCGUAUGGCUAUUAUGGUCCAGGACCUGUACAUGGACCAGUGAAGGGCUACUAUCCCGAGCCACACUAUCCACCGCAAAGCUAUGUACCCCCUUCUACAUAUAGACACGAACAUAGCCAUGCUCACGGUCACGGAGUGGGUGGCUACAAGCAACACGGUUAUUAGCGUUAAUUUGUGAUU